AUGGGCGACGCCAGUUCUCCCACGGCAGCUAUGGGUAUGGCCACUGCUACCACUACCACUACCCGUCACGGCCCGGCUGAUCUCCCCUCAUCCAACCCAACAGCAUCAUUCUGGCAGACCUCCCAUCCAAACCGGAUAGCAGAAUACCGAUCCACACAGACCUUACCGGCGAAAGCGGACGUGGUGGUCAUCGGAACAGGCAUUUCAGGCACAUUCGCCGUCGACGAGCUUCUCCAACCUCAAUCCCAGCCAGGGGCGAAUGUAGAGGGAGUCAAAGGACAACUUCGCCCGCAUGGAGAAUCGGGGCCUAACCAGACCAACAACGAGAAGGACGAGAACCAGGACCAUACCGAGAUCUUGGUCCUCGAAGCCCGCACGACUUGUUCUGCAGCGACAGGUCGGAACGGCGGACACUUACAGCCGGUGAUCCACGCCGAAACAAACGACAUUGUCGAUUUCGAACUACGCAAUUUCCGCCAUAUCGAGGACCUGGUCCACGCGAACAAGAUCCCGUGCGACUUCCGUUUGGUGAAGGGAUGUAUUGGGUUCUGGAAUAAACGGUAUUUCGAAGAAGCCAAAGCAGCUCUUGGGAUGAAUGUUGCGAAUGAAUACGGUAACGCAACACCAUCCGGAGCUGGAAGCAAGGACAUGAACGGAAACUUUACUUAUGAAGCUGAUAUUGCUGCUGAAGCUGGUACUGAUACUGCCGCCGCCGCCGCACCUUCACAAACCAGCCCGACAGCAGUAACAGUAACAGUAUCAGCACCACCAUCACCACUUCCAGCUGCAAUCACCACUCCCAAUCAUCGCUCGCUAGUGCGUGUCGUGGAGGAUCCGGAAGAAAUCAAGCGUCUCGGUCUGCAGGCCGGGGCGGUCGGCGCUAUUGUCCAGGACGUCGCGGCGUCUCUGAGCCCCUAUAAGCUCAUCAUAUGGAUGUGGGAGCGCAUGCUGGGUCAAUUCGAUGUCGGAAGACUGGAUCUGCAGACUUGUACGACUGUUAUGGGAAUUGAGCAGAGGAAGAAGAAGAAGACGGAAAAGAAGAAUCCUCCUGUAUCUGCAUCUGUAUCUCCAUCUCCAACAGGAGCACCAUCGACUACGGAUACAGCAACAGAAACAACUACGUCUGCUCCUGCCCCUGCCCCUGGUCCUGCACCUAAAGAUGAACACGCAGAAGCUGAAAGUGACGACGACGAGGAAGAAGAUGAUGACGACGAUGAUGACUAUCCCUGGCUCAUCCACACCCCACGUGGCUCUAUCGCGGCUCGUCGCAUCAUCGUCGCCACCAACGGAUAUACAUCGCACCUCCUGCCGCAAUUCAGCGCCCUGAUCUCCCCCGUGCAAGCCCAGAUGUCGGCAUUGGUGCCACCCCCAGGAUCGCCGUUCGCGGCGCACAGCUUGAUUCCUAUGAGUUACGGGUUCACGGGGGUCGGGAACCAGGAUCGUGUCAUGACGGAUUACCUUGUCCAGAACCCUCACUUGGGUGGUGAUGAUUGUCAUGGCAAUGGCAAUGGCAAUGGCGCUAGUCCUACUUCUACUUCUACGUCUACUUCCACUUCUGUGGUUGGUCGUGGUGGCCAUCUCAUGUUCGGCGGCGGAAGAAAUCUAGCUCACGGUAACGGCGUGGGCGUCAGUGAUGAUUCCUACGUCGAGCCUGGCGUGGAGUUGUAUUUGCGCAGUUUACCUGACCGUUUGAACUUGUAUGGUGAUGGCAAGGAAGAUGAGAUCGGGAAUGAGGAUGAGAGUGAGGCUAUUCGGACGGACAACAGCAACAGCAACAACAGCAGCAACAGCAGCAGGACCCUCGAUGGACACAACACUACAGACAGUACUGAUACUAUCAACGCCAACAACAACGACAAUCCUUCCUCUCCUCCUUCUUCUUCUGGACUUCUCGACAUCGCAGCAUCUUGGACCGGUAUCAUCGGAUCCAGCGCCGACGGACAUCCCUGGGUCGGACCAGUUCCACCCACAACUACACUUCGUUCCGCAUCGACUCUGCAAUCCGGAGACAGGUCUCCACGGAGUCGAGGAUUGUCGUUGUUGUCGUCGGAAUCAAACUCAACAUCUGCCACGAACCCUUCACCUGGACAAUCCACCGGCCUGUUCCUCUGCGCAGGAUACAGCGGUCACGGAAUGACCAAUGCCGGCGGCUGUGGACGAUAUGUGGCCGGAUUGGUGAAAGCGAGUUUACAACAGAGCACAGUAGGAAAGGGUGACCACUUUGCGAAUGAGACGACGACAAAUUGGACCGUUCCCUCGAAAUAUAUGCUUACGGAGGAGAGGAUGGCUAAGGCUGGGAUACUGCUGGGCAAGAUGGGAGCCGAGUAG